AUGGCGCGUUACGCUUUACUGUUUUUCUGCCUCGUCGGCCUAGCGACGGCUGUAGACCUCGAUACAAAAAAUCCAACAAUCUACGUUGAACAGUCCAAAGAUCUGGACAUCGGAAAGUAUGAAAAUGACAAUCAGGAUAGUAUUACUAGAUGCGAUUUACAAUUGACGAAUGGAACCGUUAUCAACCUAUAUCCAAAAGAUACAAAUUACAAUGCAAAAUACAGCAUAAAAUCAGACGAUGAAAAAUGCAUAUCAAGUAUUUACGAAGUGACUGAAGAAGAUUCUGGAACCUAUGCUAUACUAACAACUAUCAAAGGCCAAAACGUCGAUAAAUCCAUUACCACCAAGUACAAUGUUAAAGUUAGAGCCAAAUACGAAAAGAAAACAGCAGUUCCUUCAGAUCGUUUUUUUGUCUACCCAAACCAACUGAUAUCGGUACGAUUCAAUGAGAACUUUCUCAAUUUGAAAUCUUGCAUGCUCAUAGAUCCUACCAAUAUUGAAUACGAACUUGAUCGUCAUUUACCUUACAACGUUAAAAAAUUAGAUCACUGUGGUUUUAAAAUGGUAGCUAACAAAGAGUUCACAGGUAAGUGGACUUUGAUCGCUGAUUUAGAUAAUAACACAGCGUACUACAUACCAAUAACAGUGAUUAUUAGAGACAUAAAAGAGCUAAACCCUGAUCCAAUCAAUUUGAGAUUUAAACGUGGCGAUGAAGCAUGCAUUUCAUUGACAUUCAAUAAAUAUCAGCCGAAAAUGUGUUACCUAAAGGAUCCACAUGGUUUCGAGUAUCUCAUUCAAAUUGGUUCAUGCCAUCUCGAGCUUGACUUUGCAUCAGAUUAUCACAAAGGUGUUUGGAAAGCUUAUUAUGGAUUUGAAGGCAUGGAAACGCUGGUGGAACAGACAAUUAACGUUGACGUUUAUGACGAACUCUAUUUUAACAGUAGCGUGACUCGUUCACGCAAUGGAGACAUCAACCUACUUUGUCAAGUUAAUGGACAGUCGUUCAAAUAUUGCAGUUUCGUCCGACCCGACGGUGAAAUAUUGCACAUCACAUUCGGUGUUGGAAACAAAAAGUAUGAAUAUUACGGUGACGGUAGCUAUACCUAUGAAGAUACGUUAUUAUCGACAAAACAAAGAGUAGACUGCGGCAUUACUAUUCAUAGUCCCAAUGUUCAAGAUUAUGGCUCAUGGAGGUGUUUGGUAAAACUCGACAAUUAUUAUGGAAAAACUGUUGGAACGGUAUUAAAAGUCGGUUCUGAAACGGUAGCAGUUCAAUCAAAGUCGAAAACCAAAGCGGAUGAUGUUUACGUGAAACGUGGAGAAUCAUACAAGAUCAAAUGUACAGCUGAAGAGGUAUUGAGUUACUGUUGGCUGCGCAGUCCUAACGGUACUAUAUAUAGUGUAUUACACAGCGAGAAACCAAAAGGACUAGCACUUAAGUACGUUGGUACUGGUCUCGAACUUGGCGACUGCACGGCGCUCGUCAGCGUCGCAAACGACACCGAAACCGGCAAGUGGACUUGUCACAUGGGUAUCACAAAUGGACCCGAAAUUGAAACGAGUUUGAACGUAAUUGUUACCGACUCCAACCUAAUAGCCGAUCGCGCAGUAGUUGUAUUAAAUAGCCACAGCGAAACGGAUCUCAUUUGUCGUCCACUACCUCAGUUGAACAAGGCGAUCGAAGCGUGCCGAUGGGUCAAUCCACUUGGACAUGGAAUCAACGUCGACCGCGAGGGACGAUACUACACAGAGACCGGAACCACGCACUGCAAACUCUCCAUUCGCUUAACAAACUCAUACCAAGAGGACGUCGGCAGUUGGUCAUGUUACGUGCGUUUUGCCAACACUGAAAAUGAAGAAGAGGUUGUGUGUAUGAAUGUCAUCUAUAAUAGUGGCUUGGGAAUCGCUAGUAUCCUAUCGAUUGUAGCUUAUGUCGCUGCCUUGAUCAGUAUCAUUAUUGGUGUAGUCAUCUUGUACAAACGUAGACUUGCUGCAUUGCGCGACCUUGAAGAGAAAAUCAUUGUUGAGAAAGAUUGUUCCAAAUUUCCAUAA